AUGGCGCGUGCCCUCCUGGUCGCCAGCCUCGUCGGGGCCCGUUGUGCAGUUCCCUUGGCCUCUUCCAGCGACCUCGAGCUGAUGCAGGUGUGGUCCGCUCCGGCACCGUCGAAAGAUGACUUUGGGAGGGAGUUCUUCACGCAUGCUGGCGUGCAUAUCUACCCCCGUGCGCCGAAUGGCCGCCGUACAGGCAAUGGUGAACGUGAGGGAACUGAAGAAAACAAGACGUGGAUGUUCAUGAUGAGGCAGGGUGCUACGGAUGCGGAGCUGCAAAGCGUUAUCCAGGAGCUCCAUCCGACGGCGAUGAAGACCAAUCCGGACAUUGGUGAAGUGCCAUUUGUGGAGGGGCACUUGACUGAAGAUGAACUAAAGACGGUGGUGGAGAAGGUUCAGGAGCUCUACCCAGGGCUUGUGCAGGCAAUCGAAGAGGACUCUCUACGAGACAAGGAUCCCAGAUGUUAUCGAUGA